AUGGGCUUUAAUGAACAGUUGGAAAAUGCAACAGUACAUGCUAGCAACUUAACGAUGGAAGGAAAUAUUUCAGCAGGAACUUUUGUGUAUAAAGUUCUCAGUAUGGAUCACAACAGAAAAUUUGUUUUCAAUCUUUCCAAACCUAUUAUUGCACAGUACUUCAAAGUACAAUUGUUAACAGGAACCCUCACCCUUUGCGAAUUCAGAUUGUUUGAAAAAGAAUGUAAAGUUGGAAGCUUUGGAAAUGGAUGUUUGCAUCAUUGUCACUGCUCAGACAAGAAAAAAUGUCACCCGGUAACAGGAAAAUGUCACACACCUAGCUGUUUGCCCGGAUGGAAAGGGGCAGCCUGUGAUAAAGAGUGUGAUCUUCAUACAUUCGGAGAUGCUUGUAACAAAACGUGCCAUUGCAUUGGCGGAUCACCUUGUCUGCAUACAAUUGGGACAUGUAAAGAGGGAAAAUGUGAUCCUGGAUGGCUUCUACCAACAUGCAGCGAAGAAUGUAAUCUACACAAGUUUGGAGAAGAUUGCAACAACACGUGCCAUUGUGUUGAUGGAUCGGCGUGCGAUCAUAUCACUGGAAUAUGUGAAAGGGGUAUUUGUGAUCCAGGGUGGACAUUACCCACAUGUAGUGAAGCGUGCUUUCAUCGAACGUUUGGUAAUAAUUGUUCAUCAGUUUGUCAUUGUCUUGGCAAUACGACUUGCAAUGCGGUGUCCGGCGAGUGUAACGUUGGUUUAUGUGAUCCUGGUUGGAGGACGUCUCGCUGUGAUGAAGUCUGCGAUUAUCGAACGUUUGGCUAUAACUGUUCGUCCAGAUGUCAUUGCCUUGGGAAUACCAGUUGUAAUGCCACAACGGGAGAAUGUGAUGCUGGUUUAUGUGAUCCUGGUUGGCAGGGUCUAAGAUGUGACCAAG